GUGCAUAUCGAAUUGGUCUAUGAGAAAUAUGUAUUACGCGUCCGUCUCUGUUAUAUUUUUAUCAAAUGCAUAUAAAUUCACCGAAACUACUAACCUAAUUCCCUAAACCUUUAUUAAGAUAUUUCUCCAAGAAUAUUUUUGAUGGCGUAUUAGCAAUUAGUCACGAAAUUUCUGCACGAGACCAGGACGGAAUCGAUCAAACUUAUCUUGGUAACGUACAGUAUCGCGAUUCAGCUUUAUUUCUGUAAUUAUAGGACAGAGGCAGUUGGACCCGCGUAACCAACAGACGCGGGCCACUGCAUUGACAGCCGCGGGUAAAAAACUAGCCUCUACGAUUCUGUAUGUAAUUUGCGCGCCAGUGAAGUCACGUCGAUUACAUUUUAUAAUUAAAUCCAGGGCCUCUCGUUUUCGUGGGCCGGCGGCAAUCUAGCUGCUGUCUGAAACACUGAACGUGGCCGUAAUUGGAAUGUCCACAUGAAGCUGCUAAAGUUUUUGCUUCGUUAUUUUCCGCCAGGUCUCGCUUUGGAGUACACACAGGGCGGAGAUGUCAAGACAAAAAUGAUCGAUCUUCUGGAUCUGUCUGCCGAAACGGACAUAAGAGCAUUAGCGGAGAGUAUAAAAGCGACCGAGCCCGUAAUAACCGAAAGUGUAAUGGAGCAGUUAGUGGAGACCCUGCAGAAGCUGCAAGCCAAAGUUUGCGAAACAAACGCCAAGCGCUACUACAAAUACAAAACCUUGCAGACCCAUCUUCUACCCCUUACGAAUGUAGCGUUCGAUAAACUAGGUAAAAGAUGCCUGACAGGCAGCUAUGACCGAACGUGUAAAGUUUGGGACAUUGACAGUGGAGCGGAGCUUCUUACUCUCGAAGGCCAUAAGAAUGUGGUCUACACCGUGUCCUUCAACAACCCAAUUUCAGACAAAAUCGUAACCGGAUCCUUUGACAAGACAGCUAGGAUUUGGUGUUCUCGAACAGGCCACUGUUUCCUAACUAUGUGGGGACAUAACGCUGGAAUAACUGUCGCGAAAUUCUCACCCAGUUACAAUAAAAUCGGGACGGCUUCCCUAGACACGACGUCAAAGAUAUUUGAGUUAACAACAGGCGAGGAAUUAGGAACGUUGAGGGGUCACACGGCAGAAAUAAUCGCUUUACAUUUCAACAACGAUGGGGCUCAAAUGAUAACAGGUUCUUUCGACGGUACUGUUAAUAUUUGGGAUACGAGAACGUUCAGUCGCACAAGCGUUUUAAUCGGUCAUCGAUCGGAAUUAUCAAAUUGCGUCUAUAACUUUGACUACUCGUUAAUCGCCUCGUCGUCCAUGGACAAAACGGCCAAAGUUUGGGACACGAGGAUGAAUUCCUGCUUGGCCACUCUGCGAGGCCACGACGACGAGGUCCUGGACUUGACCUUCGACAACAACGGGAAAAAGUUGGCGACCGCGAGCAGCGACACCACUGCUCGAGUUUGGGAUGUGAGCACCAAUUUUCAGCAGUUAGCCUCGAUGAGAGGCCACCGAGAAGAAGUCUCGAAAGUCUGCUUCAGUCCAAAUAGUCAGCAUCUGCUGACGUCAUCGUUGGAUGAGACGUCAAAAUUAUGGUCUUUGGAGAGUGGAUGCUGUAUACAAACGCUAGAUGGUCACACAGACGAUGUCUUCAGUUGCGCCUUUUCCUAUAACGGCGAUACUAUUAUCACGGCAAGCAAAGAUAAUACUUGCAUGAUUUGGAGAUGACUCGAUUGGUUCCAGGUGUGUCCUUAGCUUAUAAUUGUUAUGUUGUUCAUCGUUUAUGUUGUAUACUUUUAUGCAAUUUAAACGUUAUUUACUUUGAUUUUGUAAACCAGAGUUGAAUAUCUUUAAAUCUGUUUAUUCCUUUUAAGCGUACUUUUGUCUAAGGCGACCGUAUUUUCUUUAAAUUUACUAAAUUAUACAUGUCAUUAGAGUUUUCUGGAAAGUUCAUUAUAAUUCAAAUAUUUAAGAUCUGAGAAUUGCAAGUUUUAUAGAAUAAAUUACAUAGAUGGAAUUGUAACUUCCACAAAUGUCUUUUAAUUUUUAUACAUCUUG